CACCCCCUCCUUACAAGCUCUCCCAUGGCCGACAACACCAAAAUCCAUAAUGUCAAGCGAGAGCUAUUAGAUCCCGACCCCAUGUCCCGGCGCAAUUUCUUCCCGAGAAACUCCGUCCCCGCUGCCUUAAUCGAACUGUCGAGCUCCGACUCCGACUCUUCAUCUUCCGACGAUGAUGGUCAGAGUAGUAAUGCAAAGAAGAAGAGCAAGAAGACUGCGGAGGACUAUAUAUUGCCUGUGGGAUUUUUGGAUCCCUUGCCGUCGAAGAAGACGCCGUCGCUGCCGCUGCUGCUGCCGCCGCUGCCUCGGGACGAGCGGUUGCGUUUGGAGUGUCCGUCUGCAAGAGCACGAGCCAUUCCGGAUCCGAGUUCGAAGCAGUUCUGGAAGGCUGGCGACUAUGAGGGGACGCUUCCUGGGGAUUGGAAUACCUCUAAUGGUGGCAUGGAUCAUGUUAGAGUACACCCUAAGUUUUUACAUUCUAAUGCUACAAGUCAUAAGUGGGUCCUUGGAGCUUUUGCAGAGCUGUUGGAUAAUUCCUUGGAUGAGGUCUGCAAUGGAGCAACAUAUGUGAACAUUGAUAUGGUCAAAAGCAAGAAAGAUGGGAGCAAAAUGUUGCUUAUUGAAGACAAUGGUGGUGGAAUGGAUCCGGAAAAAAUUCGUCACUGUAUGUCUCUUGGGUAUUCCGAAAAGAGCAAACAGGUGGAUACAAUUGGACAAUAUGGAAAUGGGUUUAAGACGAGCACCAUGAGGCUUGGUGCUGAUGUUAUUGUUUUUUCUCGAUGUUCUGGGAUGAAUGGACAAAGAAAAAGACAAGACUGGAACCAGAUCAUUCGAUCUUCAGGGACCGACUGGGAUCGAAAUGUUGAGACGAUAAUUCAGUGGUCUCCAUUUUCAAGUGAAGCAGAUCUUCUUCGGCAGUUUAAUCAGAUGCAAGAUCAGGGUACUCAAAUAAUUAUAUACAAUCUUUGGGAGGAUGAUCAGGGCCUGCUGGAACUGGAUUUUGAUACUGAUCUACAUGAUAUCCAAAUCAGAGGUGUCAACAGAGAUGAGAAGAGCAUAGAUAUGGCAAAGAAAUAUCCCAACUCCAAGCACUUCCUGACCUAUCGCCAUUCAUUGAGGAGUUAUGCAGCUAUUUUGUACCUCAGAGUUCCUCCUAAUUUCCGGAUUAUUCUGCGUGGUGAAGAUGUUGAGCAUCAUAAUGUUGUGAAUGAUAUGAUGAUGUCACAGGAAGUUACAUACCGUCCUCAACCUGGGGCUGAUGGGAUCCCAAAGGACUCAAAUAUGAUGGCUGUAGUUACCGUUGGGUUUGUAAAGGAUGCAAAGGCACAUAUUGAUGUUCAGGGGUUCAAUGUCUAUCACAAAAACAGACUUAUCAAGCCAUUUUGGAGAGUUUGGACACCCCCUGGUAGUGAUGGUCGUGGGGUUAUAGGUGUGCUUGAGGCCAACUUUGUUGAACCAGCACAUGAUAAGCAAGGUUUUGAGCGCACUACAGUUCUUGCAAGACUAGAGACAAGAUUAGUGCAAAUGCAAAAGAAUUAUUGGACCUGUAACUGUCACAAAAUUGGCUACGCUGCCCGACGAAAUAAAAAUGUUCAUGAAAGAGAGAUAUCACCUGAUUCUGAUCAUCGAAGUCCACGAAAGAAGAAAAAUAUCGGUUUGAGGAACAAGACACAGGCCAACUUCAUGGAGAAGGGCAAUAACAACGAGUAUUCAAGUGGGAAGGGGGAUGUCAGAUCACGACGGAAGCAACCAAGUUACACUGAGCUAUCCUCAUCUUCUGAAGAGGAUGAAAGAAACAAUUAUAGACAAAAUCGAACUCCUAGAAGCCAGGUCAAUGGUUCAUCAUCCAAGAAUACAUAUGAAAAGGAUGGAUUGCAGAAACCAUCAGGUUUGAGACGUCGUGAAGCUGCAAAAGAUAACUUAGCUGCUGAAACGCUUGGUCGGGCAACGAGAAGUUCACACCCACAGGAGAAUGGUUAUAAUAACAAUGAAUUCUCACCAAGUUCAAGUUCCCAAUCUUUAGCUCAGUUGAGAGAAGAGAACCUCAAAUUGAAAGAAAGAUUGGAAUGGAAAGAAGACGAGACUCUUGGUGAUUUGCUGCAUGAUAUACUGAAAGAAAAAGAAAGAACCAAGUCUCUCGAAGCUCAGCUGCAAGAAACAACACAAAAAUAUGAGGAACUAAAAGCAGAGCAGGAGAGUUUGAUAGAUAUAUUUUCGGAAGAGAAGCAGCGUCGCGACAAGGAGGAACAAAAAUUGAGAUUAAAUUUAAAGGAAGCCAGAAAUACCAUUCAGCAAUUGAUGGACAGGAUAAAGUCGUUGGAUAACAGUAAAUACGGUUAAUUCGAUCUAUUGCUGACAAUAAAGAUAUCCGUAAUCGCGUCAAGUGAAUAAAGCUGUAUAUAUAGUAAGUUAGGAGCUACAGCAUUUUGCUAACGCCUAUCCCUUUCUCUGACCUGUGUACACUAGGUGUGGUACAUGCUUAUAUAGUCUAUUGUGAUUAAAAGUUUGACAGGAUUUGUGGCAAGAAAAGUAUUUGAUUUUGGAGGGAGAUGAGCUUUUCCAAUUACGCCCGUGAGUGGAAAGGAUACUGUUUACCAAUGGUAACGUGUUUCUCGAAUUUCCUUGAAUCUUCGAGGAAACUCGACAUCUUCAAUUCUUAUUCAACCUUAGAAUCAAAUGCAGAGGAGCUUAUAGAAGAAAGAUUUGGGUGAAAAUAGUUCUUAAAUUAGACCCUGUAUACGGAACCAAAUGCGUAAAAUUGAAGACAGCCCAAAAUUUUAAAGUAGGUUGGGAUAAUUUGUUUAGAUAAAUCUUUAUUUGUUAUAUCUAGCCUAAAAUUUUAAUCUUACUAAUUAUUUGGCAAAUAAUAUUAAAAAAUACGAAAUGCUAAACUUUUCAUUACAAGUACGAUUGAGA